AUGGAUCAUCAAAACUAUUCAGUGGUGUCUGAGUUUGUGCUGAGAGGACUCUCCAAUUCCCUUCAGCUCCAGCUUUUUUUCUUUGUAUUUUUUUCUCUGGUCUACAUAGCCACUGUGCUGGGAAACCUCCUCAUUGUGGUUACAGUGAUCUCUGAGCCCCGACUUUAUUCCUCUCCCAUGUACUUCCUGCUAGGAAAUCUCUCCUUUCUAGAUAUGUGGCUGGCUUCAUUUGCCACCCCCAAAUUGAUCAAGGAUUUCCUUAGUGAGAUGAAACUUAUUUCUUUUGGGGGAUGUAUGGCUCAGAUUUUCUUUCUGCAUUUCAUUGGUGGUGCUGAAAUGGUACUGUUGGUGACAAUGGCCUAUGACAGAUAUGUUGCCAUAUGCAAACCCUUGCAUUAUUUGACAAUCAUGAGCUGGAGAACAUGCAUUGGACUGGUAAUGAUUUCAUGGACAAUUGGCUUUAUUCAUUCCAUCAGUCAAAUAGCCUUUACUGUGAAUUUGCCUUAUUGUGGACCAAAUAUUGUUGAUAGCUUUUUUUGUGACCUUCCUCGUGUAAUCGAGCUUGCCUGUACAGACACAUAUGUCCUGGGGAUACUGAUGAUUGCUCACAGUGGAUUGCUGUCCAUAAGCUGCUUCCUCCUCCUUAUGAUCUCUUACACAAUCAUCCUUGUCACUGUCCAGCAGCAUUCAUCGAGGAGUGCAUCCAAGGCUCUUUCUACUUGUUCUGCCCAUAUCAUGGUGGUGACAAUCUUUUUUGGUCCCUGCAUCUUCAUUUAUCUAUGGCCCUUCAGUAGGUUCUCUGUGGAUAAGGUUCUAUCUGUGUUUUAUACAAUUUUCACCCCCCUCUUAAACCCUAUAAUCUAUACUUUAAGAAAUGAGGACAUGAAGACAGCUAUGAAAAAACUAAGAAUCCAGCAUAAAUUUUUUCAUUGA